AUGUCAAUGUUUUCAAUCAUUUUCUCAGCUAAUGACAACGCCACUGAUGGCAGUAAAUAUAUUUACAAGGCCAUUAAAUCAGGCAAAGUCGAUAUAGUCACAUUUCUAAUCGAUAAUGGUGCAAAUGUGAAUGAAUUCAAUGAAAAAAUUUCCAUAUUAACACCACUUCAAUUGGCUGUUGCUGAAGGCCAAACUGAGAUAUUUAAAAUUCUCAUUGAAUAUGGAGCUGAUGCGAACUAUGUAAACAAGAAACGAAUGACUCUACUUCAUAUAGCAGCAAUGUUCGAUAAUUUGGAAAUAUGCGAAAUCCUAGUCGCAAAUGGAACAAACGUGAAUGCUAAAGACGUGAAUGCUGAACAGUUGACAGCACUCCAUUACGCCACUGUCUAUGGCUCAAAUGACACGGUUGAAUAUUUAAUUGCACACGGAGCAAAUGUAACUGCCGAAACUUCUGAUAGAAAUACACCCUUACACAUGGUUGCCAUGAAUG